AUAUGAUUGAAUAGAUUAAGGGUAUAAAUAUAGCAGUGGAAGGAUGUUUUCAUGGAAAUUUUGAUGAAAUUUUUGGUACUAUAAGAGAAAUUGAAAAAUAAAAAAAAAUAAAAAUUGAUUUGCUUUUAGUAUGUGGAGAUGUAUAAACUCAUAGAAAUAAACAUGAUAUGUUUAAUAUGGCAUGUCCUGUAAAAUAUCUGUAAAUGGGAACAUUUUAUAAAUAUUAUGAAGGAAAAGAAAGAGCUCCUUGUUUAACAAUAUUUAUUGGUGGUAAUCAUGAAGCUUCUAACUAUUUGAGAGAAAUGUAAAUAUAUAUUUUAUAUAAAAUAAGGUAUUUUGGAGGAUGGAUAGCUCCAAAUAUUUAUUACCUUGGAGAUUCAAAUAUCAUUUAAAUUAAAAAAGGAAAUACUACGUUGAAAUUAGGAGGAACUUCAGGAAUAUUUAAAAUUUUCGAUUUUAAUAAUCCUAAAUUAGAACAAUUUCCAUUUAAGAGUGAAUAAUUGCGUUCUGUAUAUCAUUCAAAAUAAAUUGAUCUUUAUAAAUUAAGCCUUUAUGAAGGGGAAGUAAAUAUCUUUUUAUCUCAUGAUUGGCCUUAAUGUAAAAUUUAUAAUAAAUUAUAGAAAUACACUAAUAUGGAUCAACUAAAGAGCUAUUAAAAAAGAAAUAAAAUUUUGAACCAGAUAUAAAAUCAGGGAGACUUGGAAGUCAACCUCACAAAUUUACAUUAGAGAGAUUAUAACCAAAUUUUUGGUUUGCUGCACAUAUGCAUGUUAAAUUUGAAGCAUUUGUGAAACAUAAAAGUGGAAAACAAACAAAGUAUUGAAAUUAUAUAAUACUAAAGGUUUUUAGCAUUAGAUAAAUGCCUUCCAGGAAGAGACUUUUUAUAAGUGUUUACAUAUACUAAUGAAUAGAAAGACUUAUAUGAUUAAUUUGCUUAUAAUGAUGAACCUAUCGAAUUAUUUUAUGAUCCUGAAUGGUUAUCAAUUGUAUAAACUACAUAUAAAUUAUUAACAUUAUGGGAUAAAAUGCCUAAAUUAUUUGAAUAUAAUAGUGCAUUGAAAGAGUAUAAAUAAAAAGUAUUUUAAGGUUGUAGAUUAUCAAAAAAGAUAAAUUUGAAGAAUUCCUUAAUGAAAAACAUGUAAGAAUGAAAAUUUUUGGAAAUCAUAAAAUUAAAAUACCUAAUAAUUUUGAAAUAACUUCACCCCCUUAUGAUGAGUAAGAUACCACAAAUAGAUUGAUUCCACCAAAAAGAGUUCCUUUAAAUAAUUAAAUGAAGGAUUAUCUUAAAUUAUUUAAUGAAUCAGGAUAAGAAUUAAAUGGUUUAAUAUUUUAUGAGCCAGAUUAACCUAGAAUUAUUGGAGAAUUCGUACCUCAAGAUUUUCUAUAGAAGUAAAUCGAAUUAGAAAAUCAAAAAGACAUUUUACAAUAGCAAACUCUAUAACAAUAAUAAUAAGAUGAACCUUCUUCCCCUAAAGAUGAUGAAUUAAAUAUUUAAGACUUUCCAUUUUUAUAAUGA